CGGAUAGGGACCAUCUCUGAUUCUUGUGUUUUGAUUUGCGCUUUUGCAGAAAAACGAUUUUUUUUUAAAUAUUACUUUUCACCCGUUUACCGUGGAUUUGUUGUGUUAAACCAUGUGCGAGAAGGUCACGGCCCGAUGUAAUUGGCUCCAAACUGCUGGGAACCAACUGACCCAUUUGGUGGUCACCCGUCUGGUGGACGACGAUGUGUUCGUGAAGCCCGAGUUGGACGAUGUAAUUAAUGAGGAGCGCGCCGUGUUGUUUGCAAGUAGCGAGAAUCCGCCGCCACCCUGCGAACUGCGCUUCCAGAUCAACGCCCGUUUCAAAAUCGCCGCUUUAACCCUUGUCUGCAGUGCUCCCAAGCUGGAGCUAUUUAUUGGACCCUCGCAAGAGUACCUUGAAACCGUAUAUGGGGUAUGUGUGGAGGACGAGGACGCGGAUGUGCCCGUGCGUCCCUACCGGUACGACAUGGAAAUAGAUCGAUCUGGCAUCGCCCUUUUGAAUCUAAAAAUGCUGACGAGCGCCAACGAAAUCUGCGUUUACGGAGCCAUGUUGCACAUUGGUCCCAACCCCAACGGGAUAACCACACAAUUGCCCAGGCCUGUGGAGAUUCAAAACGUCCAGGACAUAUUGCAAAAGGCAGGAAGUAGUAUUGCCAAGGAGGAGAAAAAAUCAGAGAAGCUGGAGUCAAAGGAUGCCGAGCCAGCAACCGACCUCUCAGUUAUUAAGGAUCUCAUUGAUAAAAGAUUUCUUCAGCUCAACCAGUUAAUUACCAAAAGGCUGAACGACUUCGAGGCCAAGCAAACCCAAAAACUCGACAGAAUCCUUUCCCUGCUUGACAAAAAGCAGAGGUGAACUUCCAAACCGAAACAAACUCUCGACAUAUUUUUUUUGUCCUUCAACUACAUUUCAUUGUAAUUUUAAAUGUUGUCAAGACUGUGGGUGUGUGCCUGGUUUGAUUGUGAUUAAACUAAAAUUUUUAAUUUCCCAAUAUGGGUCAUUUUUACAAGUUUUUUUUUUGUUUUUGUUUGCCAUACAUUACUUUGACGAUAAAAGACAAUUGCCGGUAAAUUUGUAACUUAUUCAUACGCCUAAUAAUAUGUAUUUGAUAUAAAAACAGUAAACACCAUAUUUUUAUAUUA